AUGAAGAUCUUCCCUGAAAGCAGCUUCUUCCAGGAGGGUCGGGCCCCUGCGCUUCCUUCACUAGCAGAAGUACGAGACCUCAACUUGAAGACAGGCAAUGUUGCCGCCACAAACCUCAACUAUCCUCCUUCUGUUAUAAUCCCAUCAUUGGGAGUAGUCAUCAAAUAUGGUCUUAGUGUGAGCAUUGUUGAGGCCCAAACACAGAUCAUGGUGCGCGAGGAAUCCCAGGGCCGCAUUCCUGUUCCCGAGAUCUUCGGCUGGAUCGAAGAUAAUGGACAGACCUUCAUAUAUAUGUCACUGAUAGAAGGUGACACUUUAGCAGAUCGAUGGGGUGGUCUAAGCGAUGACGAGAAACAAGCUAUCUGCGAGGAACUUCAUCAUUAUGUCAAGCUGUUGCGGACUUUGGAACAAGAUCCGCGAGACAAGUACAUUGGUGACAACCUAGGCAAGAACCCACUGACGGACAUCUAUGUUAUAGACCGUCCGGAACUGGUUGGCCCGUUUCAAGGCGAAGAUGCUGUUAAGCAACUCCAGGAUGCUUGCGGGAUCGAAAUCGAUGAUGAUUUAGUAUCGCCCAUUGUGUUCACACAUAAUGACCUGAUUUCGCCUAAUAUCAUGAUAACCCCGGAUCCAAAUCCCAAAGUGGCUGCCCUUAAUGACUGGGCACAGUCUGGGUGGUAUCCUGCAUACUGGUAGUAUUGCAAGUGCCGGAAGGUACAAAUGAAUGCGGAGUGGUUUUGCAAUGAGCUUCAAGAAGAAUGGAGGAAUGUGUACCUCCCAUUGAUACUGAACCCUGUGGACGAUGAGACGACUUAUUAUCCUUGGGUUUAUUUUGUGAUGACUAAAGGGAUGUAAAUAG